AUGGACAGCGGGAGUACUGAGUCUGCGACGGGCGUCGACCCCAACACUUUCCUCAGCACCUGGGACUUUACCAACACCGGCAACAACAACAACAACAACAACAACAACAACACCACCCUCGCGGACCUGGCCUGGGAUCAGAACGCUUUCGACUCCCUGCCAGAAUUGGAUUCCUACCAAGACUCGAAUGAGGGUGAUGCGGAAUUGUUCGAUCUUCUCUCCGCUCAGGGCCCGCCGAGUCGCGAUAGUCUUGACCCCUCCGUCAUAGACGCGACUGGCCUUGACCUAAGUGUCUCCGUAGGCGUCGCUGACGGCGUGAAUAUUGUUGGCGGCACUUUCAGUCCACGGACACAUCCAUCGGUCGACGACAAUGCUCUGGCUGACAAUGGCUGGUCGCCGUUUCAACUCGCCAAUUCCACGGGUUUCAUGAUGCCCUUGGAGUCGACGUAUCCUAAUCAGUACCCAAAAGGCGCCCUUGAGCCGAACACGACCGUGAUCGUCGACGACGGCGAGCGGCUAUUGACGGAUUUGCAGCGGCCACCUUUAUCCUCCUUGCACCGACUGCGCCAUUCAAUUUCAUACAGUGACAAUCAUAAUAACCACAACAACAAAUACAAUGGAUGGCAGAAUCCAGCCGGCUACUCGCCGUCGUUUAUUCCGACACAAUUCCCUAUUUCACCCCCCCUCGAGGCGCAGUCGGAGACGAACAGCACUUCCAUAGCUAGUACAACGAUGAAUCAGCAGUGGUUUUCUGCUGCCGACACACCAAUGACUACUCUAUCGGAAUCUUACCAUAUUCUUCCGCAGGAUUUGUCUGUCUACAAUGAACCACAGCCGAUCAAGCCCGAACCUCAGAUGAAAUCCCCCAGUCCGUCCACGCAUAGCAACGGCAUUGACUCAUACGCUGCCGUGGGAAACAAUGACAUGCUCUUACCUGCUGAGAAUAGCGUGAAGCAAGAGCCAUUGCAGAUUGUGGAAUGGGAUGAGCCGGCCUCGAUAGAGAAGACCCUGAAAUCAUCGCCCGACUUUCCCAAAGUCAGUGGGUUUAUGGUUAGCCAAGACGCGUCAGAUAUCCCACAAAUGUCACUCGAGCAGGAAAGAUCAAGCCUCUCUUCUGCAUCCCACGGCGUCUCCCGGCACACCCCCUUGGCACUUCAGCCGGCUUCCGUUAUACGCAGGCGUAAACAGAGAGACUCAAUUGUCAACGUCGAACAAGUCCAACAACCAAGACCCCUGCAGAUUGUCCAGGAAGACGGUUUGGGGGGUGCGAUAUCUUCUGAAGACUUUGUGUCUCCCCCUCGCGGUGCUCGCCGCAAGGGUCCCUUGAGUAUUGUAGGACGAGCCAACGCUGGCUUGAGACGAAAGAACAAGGACACCUGUGUUCAGUGUCGUCUGAAUAAGCGGAAGUGCGAUGGAAACUCCCCGUGUGACGCAUGCCGUCCUACGCUGCAUGAGCAGCCUUGUGCGCGCGCCUGCUUCUCUAGCAUCGUCGAAUAUGGAACUUGCAAUUACAUAUCACAACGAGCAAUUAAUCACCUCACGAGCAACGGAGGCGACAAACGAGUGCGGAUUGAGAUCCCCUCAGCCUUUGAUCUCAACAAACUGGUAGCCUUUCUAGGUGAACGGCGCGGCAAAUUCAACAUCCGUGCGACCCAGUCAUGGGGAUCUCUGUAUGUCCUAGACCUUGGAGAAACGUACAAAUUUCUCAAGAGUUUCAGCGAGUACAACGACAAUGCUCAAUCCACAUUCUUGGAGUUUAUUGACCAUCGUGUCAUUGACUCUAAGGAUAAAACGAAGAAUUGGCUCAGCUGCUUAAAGGAUUGCGAUCCCAUGAACAACGUCUUCAAACUUCUUUCGCAGUGGAACAACAUGCCAAGCCGGGCAUCAUAUAGCUUUGUGUCCGUUGAUAGCAGCUUUGAAGACCAGUUGAUGGAUGUUAGCAGCGACCAAGAUCGCAAAGACAUUUUGCUUGCUGCUCAACUGUCGCGAAUCUUCUGCCGUUUACUCGAAGUUGAGGGCUUCCGUAAACUUGAGCGAGACUUUUACAAUAUCAAAUGGAAACGGAUCUCUCUUGAUGCUCAUCUGCGAUUCCUGGAGGAGCUCGGGCAUAUUCUCUUGUCCUUGCGGUGGCGAGUCUCGUGGUGGAAGCUUCUUGGUGAUGGUGGCGUUCAUCCAGAUCCCGGCCAGCAGCACUACAUUGACCGUGUUGAACUCCUCUGCCGCAUCCUUUACGUGUACUACACCAGCGUACUCACAAAGCUUCCGUCUUGGUCCACGGCCAACCAUCUGAAAGGGAAGUGGUCACGGUAUGCGGACACUGAGCAGCAGAUCUGGGAUGACUUCCCGGUCGAUGCUUCAGAGAACGGAUUCCAACAAUGGAUGGAGCAUGGCCGCGAACUGAUUGAAUUGGCCGGUAGUCCUCAUCGGGUGGCCAGCAUUGCCAAAGUUUGA